UACCCGGAAAAUGAUGGAAGCAGCGUAAGUGAUGGGGACCAUUGAGGGUCGUAAUGGCCCAACAAAAAGUUGGUUCAAUUUCUCUUUUUCCUUUCCUUAUUCGAAUAAAGGUUUAUGGCACUUUCAGAAACACUUUUUAGCAGCAUUUGGCAAUUAGCAUGGCGUCUGCGUCAAAGAAAUGGGCACGAGACGUCUAUUUCGUUGCGUCUCGGCUAUACUUCCUUGUAAUAAUAUUCCAAGUCCCACUUUUCAGAUUCCCAUGUAGAAUUGGUAAAUGUACCACACCUAUUGAGGUAUCACUGUCUCUGUUAUACGCAAAUGGAGUAAUUCCAGGAGGUAUGGUAAAAGCCAUGCUUUACCCUGGAGCAAUAACAAAGGCCAUUUAUAAAAACAAUGUUGUCCCAAGCUAUGGGAAGCUUCUAGAAGCCUACAAAUUCACCAACAUGAAGGAAUCUCCUGCAACACAUGAUCUCCAGAACCUAGAGGUUAUAGUAGGAAGUUACUUGUCAGUGGCAGGAGCGCUAUUGGGUCUAUUGAAAUCAGGGAGAUUUAGUCUUAUUGGAAUCCUUCUCAUCACUUGGGGUCUUGACAAGCAAGUCCUUUUUAGGAAUUCCACAAGUGUAGUCAUAUACCCAACUAUGCUUAUUGCUUUGCUUUCUGCCUUCUUUUCUAUCAGAGCAGAUGUCACAAAGCUGAUACGUUUCUCCAAACCUAAGGCCUCUUAUAGAAAUAUAGAAAAGCAAAAUAUAACUAGAGUUAGAUAUGCUAGCUGAUUGCAACACUUUGUUUUUUUUCCUUUCCUUGUCAUACAUUUAGGUUGCAAUACUUUCUUAUCAACAUAUCUUCAUAAAGUGAUUACUACAUCGCAGCAA